AUAUCGUAAACUUUCUCUUUCGAUUCAGCACUGACGGAGGGUUUUUUAUCUACAAAGGUCGAUUCGAAAUACUGUCUAUAAUAGUUUAUUGAUUUAGAAUAAUCGACAGCUAACGUUAUCAACAUCUUAAUCAUUUACCAUAUAAUUGAAGUAAAGCUCAUAUCGUGUGCUUCGGUCAGAUCAGAGGUUACUUUCGAUUUCCUCUCACAAUCUUCUCUUCGUCUUUCGAGUUGAGCUUGGCAGCGCGACAGCUAGGUGAAGUCAUGUCAGAUUUACUGGAGAUGAUAAAGAACGAACAUCCCGAUGUUGCUCAGCGUCUUCAUGAGGCAGGUUUAUGCAACAACUCUGACAUCCAGUUACUGACUCGAGAAGAACUCCGUCAGCUGCUUCCUGAAAAAAAAGACCUCAAACUGAGGAGGACGAUCUUUGAUAUCAUACACAAACAGGACUGGCAGAUCGUUAUGAAUAACAUCCAGAGUUUCCUUGAAACUUAUUGUCGUGAGGCAAAAAUCCAGAAUCAGCCAAACCAGGAAUCAGCUUCUGAUGUGAUAAAGCCCCAAGAUGACAACUGUCCUCAAGGAGCACUCGAUUUACUGGAGGAAAUAAGGAAAGCAAACUCAGAAGCUGCUGAAGUUCUGGAAGGGGAAAGUUUAUGCAGCGACUCUGACAUCCAGUCAUUGACUCUAGAAGAACUGCUCGAGCUGUUUCCUGGGCUAGAGAAAUUCCAACUGAGAAGGAGGAUCUUUGAAAUGAUAAAGAAACGGAUGCCAGUUGAACAGCUCGAAACUGUUCGAAACAACAACGAGGAAUUGGUUGAGACCCUCACCCUGAAAGACAUGAAGACCCAAAUAAUGAAUCUUUUUGACACUCAAAUUGAUUUUUUGGAGAAAGAUCAGCAGCCUCAGCCCGACCAGAAAUCUGCUACCUGUGAUCCCGUGAAGCCUAAUCAUGGCCCUACUCAAGGGGCACCCGAAGUGUCCUUUUUGGUUGUGAAUGAAAUGGAAGGUGAUUUGAAUUACCAGAUGGUUGUUACCGGGGAAACCUUUGAUGCACAUGAUCAGCUGAUGGAGAAAGUGAAAAGGGAAGUUCAGGAUCAGUUUGAUCUUGUUCAGAGCAACAGUGAUGACUUCGACGUCACCAUUGUCUUCUGUCCCAUCGUUUCUCGCAUGGGGCCAGAUGUUGAGUCAGCCCUGAGACAUGUUAAAGCUGAUAAACCUGUCAUUCUGGUUUUGAUGCACCACGCAUAUGAGGCCAAGUUCAUUCCAAGUUGGAAUCCAGGGCGUGACGGCGCUAAUGUUCAGCUGCAAGUCAACGUGUUCUUCCACGAGACGAAAUCUGGAUUAAUCCAAUGUGAAGAAAAUCAAGCUGCUGUUCGCGAGAUGAAAAAGAAAUUGCAAGACUUCACAAUCUCAAAUGCCCCGGUUGUGGCUGCUAGAAAUUCGCGAAAAUCUAUCAAAAGAAAGAAGAGUUCUGAUGCUAGCGGAAGCAACUCUAUAUCUAAGUUAUUCGAGGGAUUUACUCAAUUGUUCUCGUGAGCAGCGAUUAUGAUGUGUCGUCACAGUUAAACAACAAAGAGUAAUGGAUCACUAACAACACAAGAGAGUUUGGAUUUUACUCUUCUACCGAUUGCGGAAAAAAUGUUUUAUCCUCAUGUGUAAACAUUUGAGCUAAUAAUUUGUGUUGUAAUCUAAUGUAGUCUAUUCAGGAAAUCAUGGGUGUUAGUAGCUAAACAAAGAGUUCUUUGCACAUUUACUGCUAAAGAAUUGUAUACCUUCUUCAUCUAACUUGUGUAUUGGCCGUUAGAAAAAAAAAAGUUGUGAGCUGCCACUGACUUCAGACCUAUCUUUUCAGAAAAUAUAUGCCUCAUUAUCAAAUAUCUAGUGUCCGAUUGCUACUGUUGUUUCUGUAUGUAAUUAGAUGUGAAUUUACACUUGAUUUAAAAGUGCCACAGAGUUAAUUAGGUGGCAAAAGGAUAUUUGAAUAUCUAUCUAGGCCAAAUACUUAACAAUUACUGGAAACAUAUAAAAAAAUAAUACUUAAAACCAUAUUAUUUUUGCAAUAAUGUGCAGUUUUGCUGCAUGUGACUCUUAAGUUAUGUUAUGUUGCAUGUAGGAGCCAUGAAACGUACACUGUUGAUGUAUUUUGUUUUAAUACAAAUUUGGUUUGUACUAGUUCAUUUUUGGUUAAUGGUUUGUAUUAUUAUUGUUAUUAUUAGGCUAUAAGAUAUUAUUGUGUGUGUGUGAUCGCAAUGGUUUGGUUUGUUUGGGUCACAUGGAUAGGGGCGGCACUCAAAGGAAUUCAUGAUAAUCACCUGUUCACCUGAGCCAGGUGUGUAUGUGAGUGGAAGAGAGGGUGAUGACAGGGUCCUUAUAUUUGUUGUUGACCUCAAACUUUAUGGUUACUUAGAUUAUUAUUAUUAUAAUUUCUUGUCCUGGGUUGUUCGUCUCGUUAUUUCAUUGAAUGACAUUAUUAUUCACCUCAUUUUCGAUCUCAAAAAGUUAUUUUUUGAUAGUGUGUCACACAAUUGCGACCAGGCCCGGCUUCAGCCUAUCUGCGACUUAAUUGUUUUCUGAAGUUGUUAUAUUGCAUGAAGUGAAUGUUAUGUUUGAUGAUUAAAGUACAUAAUCUAUUAAAGUGCCAUGGGUGUAAUCAUAUUGUAAGUAAAAUAAAAAGUAAAGAAAAGUA